AUGACGUUCCUCCUGCCAGAUGCUUACUCAGGUGAUGACUUGCCCUUAAAACUCGUCACUCAAGGUGGUCUUGAUGGAGAAGCACCCAAUGGCCAACUCCUCCGCAUUGCUGUCAUCCAUGGCCAUGCCCCCUUUCUUUCCCCUCCAAAUUGGAGUGUUCUGAUUUGUGAUACAAAGCCCUAG